UCUCCGAAUUAUCACAAUGAACGAUAUGUCCCCAGGUAUAUAAGGCGUACUUCCUCGCCAACAGCACCUAUCUGUCCUGAAGGUACACUACCUUUCAAGCUUUACUAUGGCUCCUCUGCUGGUCAUUGUUGUUCUUCAAAUUGUCGUGUUUCGCGGCAUUACUUCCCAGACAGUCUGCAGUGUCGACCAUGAUGCGCCAUGCAAGGCGGCCGUUACGUCCCUCUAUACCAACACUUCAGCCUACUGGUUUGGGACGGCAUAUACGACGGCCUGCCCCGCUGAUUUGCAAAACACCUUGAGGUGUAUGAACGCUAAACCCUCCCGCACUUCCCUCCUUACUCGACUGCUGGGAGACGCCGCCACCGACGCCAACGGUUUCUCAUUCGUCGUCAACGUCACGUACACUACAUCUCCAGGUACAUACGAAGGCUGUGGAAGAAAAGUGACGGUACCAAUGACGACAAAACGUACCUUCACCAUCGACCCUCUCGACGACAACGUGUACAACCCAUUCGACCUGCGUGAGCAGCCGGAAGUGACAUGGGAGGCGGAUGACGAUGCACUUUACACUGUAGUGUUGUAUGACGCCGGUAUUUUCUACACGCAUGCCUUGUACGUCAAUGUCGCAGGGGGACGACUGCAGGGAGGAGAGACAAUCAAGUCUUACUUUGGUCCAGCGAGUCCUGUGGAUCGCACAAACCCUUACGUCUGGAUCGUGUUCAAACAGCCGACGUCUCUGAACGCUGCUGUCGUCACGGCGUUCUUCAACAACCAGACAUCAGCCAAUGGUGGCAGCAUGUACCUCGACAUGAUGGUGUCCCGCUUCAACCUUACAGGUUCGUAUGGCUUGAACGUCGUCAAGGUAACCAAUGACGAAUACGCUGCAGUGCUUGUCCGUGGAAUGAAGUUUCACAACAGAUGCCCUCACUACUAUGGACAAUGGCUAGGCGACUACAUUCAACAGCGAGGGGGCUUGCCGUCACUUACCUAACGCCGUAAAACCCUUUCGACCUCCGUAUAUCACUUGACGUCACGUUCACCGCCUCUCCAAUAACGUAUGAAGCUUGCUGCAAGGAGGGAAGCAAGGGCGCGGUCAACGUGUCUUUGGAUUAUAGGAACUCCGGCACUCUCGAAACCGUGGAGACUCGAAACACCCCGAAUAUUAACCUCGUCCCUACGGAGAUCCUUCAAGCACCUGCGGACACGCUCAAAGGCAAGAAGUACACGCUGAUGAUGUAUGACGCUAACCCUGAACUCAACAUGACCAAACAGAACUCGUAUGUUCAUUGGAUGAUCAUCAACAUCCGGGGUACUAACGUCACUUCCGGUGACGUUGUGUAUGACUGGCUAUUGCCCAUGACUUCAAGAUUGAAUACGCUCUACCUGUUUGCCUUGUUUGAACAGACGACUCCUGUAAACGUUUCCUCCGUUAAAUCAUAUGCUGGAGACGGUUGUCAUGAAUUUGUUUUGAACAGGUGCAAAUUUCAGGCCGGAGAUUUUAUUCGUGAUAACCAACUAUCCCUCGUCGGUUUGAGGUAUCUAAAGAUUGUUCCCGACACCUAUCAACAGUUUAUGUCCUACUCUGUGGCUAAACUCCAAAGCAAGGACGACGCAUGCAAAGACACAUCCGGCUACGCUGAUCCGUGUCCGACUUCCGGUUCAGAGAAAAUGACAUCAUCCGCCAUCUUUGUUUCACUCCUGACAGUGAUGGUAGCAUACAUGACAAAACGGAAAUGAUCACCAUUUGUGUUUGUUAGGCAAUGCGCAACCAGAAAUACGCAGAUUAUUGUUUGAGCCUUACAACACUGCAGAACUGGUAUGCUAUUGUGAUACGGAAGCACUCGGGGUGGGGUGGAUGGUGAUGUCAUGGCGGAAUUACUUCCCUUGUUGUUACUGGAUCCGCUGGAUCGAAUCCAACAGAUUACUUGAUUAAAAUCCUUUGUUAACUUUUCAACAUCACACAGUUGAAACCCAAUAUACAUCUUCACUAUUGUGAAAAGUUUUUGUAAAUAAAUUAUUUUUCUUACA